UCAGAUGAUCAGCAAACCAAUCAGCUCGCCAGACGUUCAUGAGUUGGUCCUGUCAAAGGAGGAAUUCCAGAAAAAAGAGCAGAACAAAGAAGAUGUUUACAAAGGGACCAUCUUGAACAGGAAGCCUGGUGACUUCUCACACAUUAAAGGCAACGAAGCCUUUCUUCAGGACAUCAUCAGGGAGGAAACUGGGAAGCACAGCUUCACUGCUGUUGUCAUCACAGGAAUCUGCCCUGAGCACAUGAAAUAUCUAAAGCAGGACUUUAAAGAGUGGACCAGAAAGCUAGCGCACUUUUAUCAUUAUUACAUUCAUGGGGUCGAUGGAAACCUUCAGAAUAAGCCUCAAGGAUCCAAUGGCAGCCCAGCAAUUGAUAUUCUGGUAACUCGGCGAUAUAAAUCUUCUAAAAGUCCAAUUGGGGUAAAUCUCAGAAACGUGAAUGAUGACAUCCAGACUCUGUACAUAAACUCAGCUGUCGAUACGUUUGAGUUUAAGGCCACCACACAAGAGGGUGGCAUCGUGGACGGAAUCCUGAGAUAUCAUCCUUUCCUCUAUGACAAGGAGACUUACCCGAAAGAUCCCAAUAUUAUUCAAGCACCUCCUGAGGACGAUAAUGAUGAGAAUGAAGCUGCAGUCAUGAAUCAGGCCAGAGGAAAGAGGGACAUCUUUGAGUGUUUCUGGAAUGGACGGCUCAUCCCUUACACCACAAUUUCUGAGUAA